UUCCAUGAUAUUGCCCUAAUUCGAAGCAGACUGCAUUUUGUCUGAGAAACUCUCCAUUUGGUUGCUGCCGAUCAAUUAACACGAGUCUCUUCUGCUUAAGUUCUCUAUCAUUUUACGUUACCCUUCCUUUUUGGCGCGCUUUCUCAUUGAUCAAACUAACGUGGAAGCAUUUUGAAGUGAAAUAAAAGGGCUCAAAAUGUCGCGGCUGUGGACGAGGGUCGUAGGCCUGUUCAGCAAUCGAUCAUUCGUCGGAAUGGACAAAACCGGCAAUAAAUACUUCACCAGGAUUGAGGAAAUCGACGGUAUAAUGAAGGAGAAAAGGUGGGUAAAGUUUAAAGGAGACCAGGAUCCCACGUCCAUUCCGGUUGAAUGGAUAUGUUGGCUGAAUGGGCAGCGUAAAAUAGCUCCAACACCAGAGGAAAUGGCUCUGCUGGAGGCUAGGAGGGAACAAGUUAAAAUGAAUGUUGCUCUCCUCAAAAAGGAAGAAGAGGAAAGGAAAGCUAGGGAAGGAAAAGCCCCCAAAAUUGGAAAAACUGCUGGUCCUGACUUGAAAAGUUUUAUCCAACAGUUUCCUACUGAUUCAGAAGGUACCAAAAUUGAUGCCAAGAGCAAUAAGGCCUUCGAAGGAUCAGGCGAGAAGAAAGAAGAGCCGGAGUCGUCAGAGCCUACCGGAUCUGGCGAAUCAUUCCGACCGGGAACAUGGCAACCACCAAUGUGAGUCACAUUUUCGCAUCUACAGUCACUACAAUUGUGGGAGAAUGUAUCAAAAACUUUUGAUUGCCAUCGUAGAGGUUAUAGUACUGACGAUCUAUUCAAUUUUAUCCAGUUUCGUGUUAGAAAAUUCAGUUCCUUUCUUUGCUGCCGCAAAUAAGGUCUUCCCAUUCACAUGACUAUA